AAGUGCUCUACUCUGUAGAAACUAAAAAUCGAUCGCAUUCAGUACAAAUCGCAACACAAUUUGUUUGCUGGGACGGGCGUGAUUUUUCUACAACACAAAACAGCCACGUAAGCAACAAAUAAAUGCACAGAAACGUGGACAUCGAGGUUUAAAGUUAACCAUUUUAUCGUCUAAAAGAGUUGUGUUUAUCGGGACAGAACGCAGCAUACAGCCUUUUACAGGCAGGCGAGUUUCUUCAGAUUUUUUUUGUCGCCACGUUGGCGUUGCAUUAUUGGUUACGACGACAUUGGCGCUGCCAUUGAUGAUGAUGAAAAUGGAUCGAGUUAAAGCAUGUAAAGUGAGACGUAGUUGCUUAGUGUUGGCUGCAUUCGUACUGCUUACUGUAUCCGAGUUACCCGUCGUUGUGGCUGCACCAGUCUUGCCAAACACGGCUUACAUCAAUCAGCCACCAGUUCCAGGCAUGGCAGGUAACGCUGACAGUAAACAAACAACACCUCUCGAAGUCCCAGCACAUGUUGACAAGACAGACAUGACAGAUGUUGGCAGCGACAGACAUACAAGUACCGAAAACACCGUUGGGGAUGGUAAACUGAAAACUUACACCAAAAAUGGAGUGGAUGGUGGAAUAGAGAUCAAAGAACAAAGCAAUGAUGGUGUUGUACCAGCUGAUGAUAAACACGGGGAAGGAAACGGACAAACUAGUGAGAAGGGUGAGAGAAACCCAGAUCUAGAUGGUAACGCUGACAGUAAACAAACAACACCUCUCGAAGUCCCAGCAAAUGUUGACAAGACAGACGUUGGCAGCGACAGACAUACAAGUACCGAAAACACCGUUGGGGAUGGUAAACUGGAACCUGACACCAAUAAUGGAGUUAAUGGAGGAAUAGAGAGCAAAGAACAAAGCAGUGUUGGGGUUGUACCAGCUGAUGAUAAAUACGGGGAAGGAAACGGACAUACUGGUGAGAAUGGUGAGAAAAACCCAGAUCAAGAUGGUGAGAAUGGACGUAAAGUCCCACAGCCAGAUGGUGAGAAUGGUGCAAAAGGACCCCCAGAUACCGGUACAGAUGGUGUAAAUGAUGCCAAAGAAACCACAGGUCAAGAUGGUGAGAAUGGACAUGAAGUCCCACAGCCAGACGGUGAAAGUGGUGCAAAAGAAACCCCAGGUCAAGGUGGUGUAUAUGAUGCCAAAGGGACGGUAGGGACCACAGGUCAAGGUGGUGAGAAUGGACAAAAAGUCCUAAAGCCAGAUGUUGAAAAUGGUGCCAAAGGAACCACAGGUCAAGUUGGUGAGAAUGGACAAGAAGUCCAACAGCGAGAUGGUGAGACUGUUGCAAAAGAAACCCCAGGUCAAGAUGUUGCAAAUUAUGCCAAAGAAACCACAGGUCAAGGUGUUGAGAAUGGACGAGAAGUCCCACAGCGAGAUAGUAAGAAUGGUGCAAAAGAAACCACAGGUCAAGGUGGUGUAAAUGCUGCUACAGGAACCACAGAACAUGAUGGCGAGAAUGGACAAGAAAACUUGAAACAAGAUGGUCAAGAUGCAUACAGUUCAGGUCAACAAUAUAAAGGAAAUGUCGGAGAUGACGGUCUGCCAGGAAGCAACAGGGGUAAAGACAACCCCAAAGGAAGCACUGGUUUCACUGGGAGGCAACAAAAUCCUGAUCAAAACCAGGUUGGGGAUCAACCAGGAAACAACCUGAACCCAGGCGAUGGCUCUGAACAAGGAAGCCAUAGUCAAACUGGGUACAACUCUAAUCCAUAUCCAGAUCCCAAUGGAAAUAGGGGUCAGCCAGGAAACAACCUGAACCCAGGCUAUGGCUUUGAACAAGGAAGCCGUAGUCAAACUGGGUACAAUUCUAAUCCAUAUCCAGAUCCAAAUGGAAAUAGGGAUCAACCAGGAAACAACCUGAACCCAGGCGAUGGCUAUGAACAAGGAAGCCGUAGUCAAACUGGGUACAAUUCUAAUCCAUAUCCAGAUCCAAAUGGAAAUAGGGAUCAACCAGGAAACAACCUGAACCCAGGCGAUGGCUAUGAACAAGGAAGCCAUAGUCAAACUGGGUACAAUUCUAAUCCAUAUCCAGAUCCAAAUGGAAAUAGGGGUCAGCCAGGAAACAACCUGAGCCCAGUCCAUGGCUCUGACCAAGGAAGCCAAAGUCAAACUGGGUACAACUCUAAUCCAUAUCCAGAUCCCAAUGGAAAUAGGGGUCAGCCAGGAAACAACCUGAGCCCAGUCCAUGGCUCUGACCAAGGAAGCCGUAGUCAAACUGGGUACAACUCUAAUCCAUAUCCAGAUCCCAAUGGAAAUAGGGGUCAGCCAGGAAACAACCAGGAGCAAGGCUAUGGCUAUGAACAAGGAAGCCGUAGUCAAACUGGGUACAAUUCUAAUCCAUAUCCAGAUCCAAAUGGAAAUAGGGAUCAACCAGGAAACAACCUGAACCCAGGCUAUGGCUAUGAACAAGGAAGCCGUAGUCAAACUGGGUACAACUCUAAUCCAUAUCCAGAUCCCAAUGGAAAUAGGGAUCAACCAGGACACAACCUGAACCCAGGCGAUGGCUAUGAACAAGGAAGCCAUAGUCAAACUGGGUACAACUCUAAUCCAUAUCCAGAUCCAAAUGGAACUAGGGAUCAACCAGGAAACAACCUGAACCCAGGCGAUGGCUAUGAUCAAGGAAGCCGUAGUCAAACUGGGUACAACUCUAAUCCAUAUCCAGAUCCAAAUGGAAAUAGGGGUCAGCCAGGAAAUAACCUGAACCCAGGCUAUAAAGCACAAGAAAAUCUUGGUCUGGAUUCUAACAAUCCAGUGAAAGUUUCUGAGCAAAAUGAGCAAGGAAUGGACUUGAAAGGUGACAAUGAUCUGAAAGAACAGCAAGCAGGAGCUGAUGAUGCCGAACCAAGCUUGGUACCUGACAGAAAGCAACAAGAAGCCUCUGAGGAAUCAUCUUUCAGCUCAGAGUCUGAUGACUCCAGGGAUGGAGAGAAAGUCGAUGGUGAUUUCUUUAACCCAGAGGGUGAAACAUUUAAAGACAUUCAAGGAGAGUAUGAGUAUCCUGAUGAGGGGGUGAAUGAUGAGAGGCUGAAGGAAGCAGAACGGCCUCCAAAACCAGUCAGUGCGGAUGUUGGAAACAAGGUGAUAGCAGGAAUACCCAGUAACGACCUGGCAUACGAGAAGGAAACAUCGAGCAGUCACUUCAUGGCGUACUCGUUGACUGCUAUCCUGCUGAUUAUGGCUACGUACAUCCUGUACCACAACAAACAAAAAAUCAUUGCUGUCAUCAUUGAGGGGCGGACUGGGGACGGACGUCGUAGCCGAAGCAAUGAUGGCUACCACAAGUUGGACCAGAAUCUGAGUGAGGCCAUGCCGACACUCAACUCCCAGGCAGCGAAGGACUACAAAUUCUAGAUGGCUGUCACCGAGUGGGUGUGACAAUCAGUGACAAGCCACCAUUUGUCACUGAUUGUCACUGACAGGCCGUAUUACUGAUGAUCAGCAUGUGGCAUUUAGUGACAGGCUUUAUUGUUUUGUGACAGACUUGUCACCGAUGUCAAAUUUGCUUUAACGUGACAAUGCCGUUAAUGACAUUUCAUGACAGAUUUUGUCAUCAGCUGUCGAAUCAUGAUCUCAAGCUUUGUUAUUCGUGACAAAGACUGUCAUUUGAUGACAAAAGUGUCAUUGGUAAGGGGAUCUUAUUGUCUUAUAUUAUCGCCAAACAGUUGGAAUAUUUUAAUGUCAUGAAUGUUCGAUGUUCCUUCUUGGAGAGUUUGUGCACAGCCAGCAGUUUUUCCUGUUGCUUGUAUUCUUCAUUAUUUUCUUUAGUGUUACAUGGGUGUAUAUAUUACUAGCUCUGCUUCUGAAUUUUGUUAAAAACUUAGAACAGUCCUAAUUUGGAAUGAAGAGAAAAUGUCUUUCAAUACGUGUAGAUAUGCACCAAAUAGUCGGCUGAAGAUGAAAUACUUUGCCGUACUUUGUUUACACAGGUUUUCUAACGGGAGCCUUUUGACCCUAAGUACAUAGCACACAUGCGAACAAAGUACAACAUUGCAUUUCAAGGCAAUUGUAAACAUAGCUGUACUGUGUUGUGCAAUUUGUCUGGCUCGUUAGUUUUUUUCAUUGUUUGGGUCCAGAUUGUUUAAAGACAUUUUCAUGUAGUGGUAUGUAGAUUGCAUACAUGUAUAAUGUAACUUUAAAAUGGAGCAUGUUCAGGCACAGACUAUAGUUUACUGUAAUUCGACUUACUUCAUUCGAACGUUGGAUGGUUGGGCUACUCUAGUCAACUAUUUCGAACCGGAGCACGGGGCAUGGUAGCAUCACUGGUUACCAAUGGCUGUGCGCAUCAUAAAGCACAACGAGGAGCCAGACUUUUUACUGUCGUUUGACUAGAGGCGUUCGUAGGCGUAGGUUACAUCACGAACCAACCACUAGUCAACUAAUGGUCCUGGCCUGAACUUACUCCUUGCUUUAAAGCUACAUGUAGUAGUGUUUUGUCUGCGCUCUUGUAAUCAGUUACAAAAAGUUUAGAAAGCAUAUAGGCAAAUUGAGGGUUUAAAAGGAAGAUAUGCCAUUUUGUUAACUUCGUAAAACGUAAUCUGAAAUCAUUUCCUAGUUUCCGUUAAUAUGUGUCUUUUUGCUUUAAAAAUAUUUAAAUUUCUUCCGUUUAUGUGUGUUUGUUUGACCAGAUGCUCACCGAUUUCAGCUUUGGUGGUUUAUUCAUGGUUCUGGAAGAUUUUUGUUUGUUUGCUUUUAUAUGAAAGUAAACAAUAGCAGCUAUUUUCUAACAACUAUUGUGAAAUGUUACAGUGACUAAACAUUCCUGCAGAGAAAUAGUGCAUGGAAAUAUGAAAAUAAGAAAUAAAGUCUGUAAAUCGUGUUUUUGUAUUCAUAUUAAAAAAAAAAAAAAAUUAAAGUUGAAUGAAGAAAUUGGAGAAAAUGGAGUGGGUUAUCGUUUCAAAUUUUAAAAAAGGUACAACACGUCAUAGAGUGAUGCACACUUCAUGCACGAAAUAGGUACAUGAACUAUGACCCAUCAUAAUAGAGCUGUACAUAGCUAGCAGAAAGGGGGUAGAAAUACUUAACAACAUAAUUACUAUUUUUUUGUUUGGCAAAAUGACUGUAAAUUUGCUUUAUGAAAGGUUUAUUAUAGAACAUUCUUUUUUCCUAUUUUCAUAUGACUAAUUAAUUACACAGAAAACGUGAUGCACAUUUACAUGUGACUAUGAUACUUAAUGUUUUGUUGUAGGUCAUGGUGCAGCGUGUUUAUUUCAAAAAGAUACUUAGCCUUUAACUUUGUAACUUUAGUAUUUUUGUAUUUCAGUCAGUGUGUCUUGAAUCAUUUCAAGUUUGGUUUUUGCAAUAAAUUAAUUCUAAAGGGUA